AUGGCCAACUGUGAUGGAAAAAUCACCCUUGAAAUACUAUUACAGCAGAAGCAACGUAGAGCACCAGCCAAAAUAAAGCAGGAUGUAGAACGUGAUUUUGGGCAUGGCCGGGGCUGUGAGAAACUACAUUCAUUGCGAUAUAUCUCCGCCACGACCUUGCGCCGCGAGCUGGACCUAGCAGUCCUUGCUGGUAUAUGCAUCACAGCCCAGAAGGGGGCAAUAGAUGUCAUGAUGCUCCCAUAUGACAUGCUUGAUGAUUUGGCGGUCUCUGCGUUUCAGUUUACUGGAAUACUCAGCAUUGGCCUAGCACCCAGGUCUCGGGUCAGGGUGGCAUUCACCACCACUCGAGAGACUAAAGUGGCGACAGUUCUUCAAGACAAGAAUACGCCUCGACUUCGGCAGCAGUACGAUGAGAACCUCUCGAUGGAAUUUCACGAGACCGAGUGCAUCAAUAUUGGAGCUCUGCAGCGACAUAACCCCAGAGACUAA